ACUCUUUUUUAUUUCUUUAUCUUUUCUUUCUGUUUCUUUACUUUCUCUACUCUGGUCUCUUAUGGUCUCUUAUGGUCUCUUAUGAUCUCUUAUGAUCUCUUAUGGUCUCUCUUUUUGUACCUUAUUUAUUUCAAGAACGCGUUUACUGACAUCUCUGUCUUUUCUAGGAUUUUCUCUUUGGUUGGUUUUUUGAGUCUUUCUAUUUUCAUUUUGAGCGUCUGCUUUCCUUUCUAUUUGGUUGGUUCUGUCUACUGGUGUGUCUCUCUCCGUGGCUUUCAGUGUUCGAUCCUGAUCGUUGUUGGCCUGUUAUAGCCGAUGAUUUACUUUCUUAUCUUACUGCCCCGAGAGUAAGGUACGGGGUAUAUAGGCGUUGGUCUGC